AUGGUCUUGCAUUUUCCUCUUCAGCUCGUGUCGACUCUGCAGAAAUCGUUUACUUCUUUGACCGAGCGUGAGUACAUUGCUCUUCGUGCGAACUUCAUCGAGGCACGUCAUCCCAAGAAUCCAGAAAAAGAUUUUCAAAAGUACAUAACGAGGACUUUGCAAAAGGAUUUUGAGAAAAUGAUGGCUAUAAGAUGGUACUCGUGGUUAUUCCCUGUGAUUUAUUUGCUUGUGAAUGUAGCCGGUAAAUGGAAUGCGCACUUUUGGAUAUCUUUCAUUCCAUUUACUCUUAUGGUCAUUAUUGGCAUCAAAUUGGAGAGAAUGAUAAUGCAACUCGCAAAAGAAGUUGCCAAAAAGCAUAAACAAGACAAAGACGAGUGUAGCGAAAAUAGUGAAGGGCACUUGGCCUUUAAAUUUUCAGAAGACUAUUUCUGGUUUGCUAAGGCAAAAUUGAUCGGCGACCUGCUUCACUUCCUGCUGUUUGUGAACUCUUUGGAGCUUGCUUUCUUCUUCUUUAUAAUGUUCCAGUAUGGUUUUCACUCGUGCAUUAUGGGAAAGGUUGGUUUUGUUGUCCCCCGAAUAGUAAUGGGAGUGAUCAUCCAGACUGUGUGCAGCACCAGAAUAUUACCACUCUACGCGAUUAUAAAAUCACAGAUGCAUUUGAAUAAGAAGCAAGUGGACAAGCAGAACAAAAUACGUAAGAUUAAGAGCCAUUUGGAGAAGUACGUAUCGGAUGAAGAGGAAGAAAAAGAGAUCGUGACCUCGAUUUUGGUGAUGAUUGAUAAUAGAAAGGAGCCGAACUCACCGGAGGAGUCCAACCGGACGGAUUCAAGUGAAGGAUCUGUCUGGAGUAAGGUUUUAGACUUGCAGAAGAAAGUAUCUCAAGGUUUCAUCGCUUUGAUGAAACAAACUGCUUCAAAAUUUUGCAAAAAUUAA